AUGGACCCCACUCCCAUCCAUCAUGAGAGUAACAAAGAGAACAUCCCUCCAAUUUGCAUCAAAGAGGAAAGCAACAACACCAGCAAGAAGAAGAACCCAAUUCCUCCCAUGGCUUCUUCUUUCAAGAAGAGCCGUAAAAGAAAGACUAAGAGGAUCCCUCUUGCUGAUAUCACCCAUCUCUUCAACAAUUCUUCCCCUUUAACAACACCCCACCAAGAAACUGGGGUUUCUUCUCUGCCUUCUUCAUCGGUUCUACUUCGCUCUAAUUCUCGAAGGAAGACAUUGACGGUGCUUCCUGCUGCUUCUAAAUCUUUGAGGAUGGGAUUCAGAUAA